AGAAAUCCAAAGAUAGAAAAUAUCGCCUACAGUCACAGGAGAUUUUAGAAUCACUAGAUCGUUAUUCAACGACGCUACGUCAAAGCAGGAAGUAGAUUGAUUAGUUUUCGUUAGCCGCAGAUUGGACAUUACGAUCAAUUUGGCCAACAAACGGUUAUUGGGUGUCAGAGCAAAAGCAAACUCCAGCUAUGGCCAAAUCAACUGGUACUGCAUCACGCGAAAUAAUGUCUGGUUUUAAACUUAAUUGGAUGAACUUACGAGACGCUGAUAGUGGUAAAGUACUUUGGCAAGGAACCGAAGAUUUAUCUUUACCUGGUGUCGAACACGAAGCUCGCGUACCUAAAAAAAUUCUGCGUUGCCGAGCUGUAUCGAGAGAAAUUAACUUCUCUUCAGAAGAGCAAAUGAAUAGAUUUCGUUUAGAACAACGCGUUCUAUUCAAAGAUAAAUGUCUAGAAGAAUGGUUCUUUGAAUUCGGCUUUGUUAUUCCGCAGUCGACUAACACCUGGCAAUCAUUAAUAGAAGCUGCUCCUGAAUCUGAAAUGUUACCUGCUAGUGUUUUAAACGGUAAUGUCGUGAUUGAAACGAAGUUUUUCGAUGAUGCUAUGCUAGUUAGCACAUCAAGGGUUCGCAUUUAUUAUGUGUAA